AUGUACGAUACGCCAAAGUAUCUUGCGGUACACACAAUCGACAACAAACUUGUCAUAAUCAAUAAGGAGACAGGUGAAAGGCAGCAGGUUUGUGAAUGGACACAAAAUAUGUAUGUGUAUGUUAUCAGUGAGAACAACUCUCUCGUCAUUAAGGGCGGCUUUGGUAAGUGUUUUGAUAUAAACCUACCUUACUUUACCAUAAUGUAUCGUACAGUACUGUAUCCUACUCUACCCUAACAUACCCUACCCUACCUUUUCCUACCCUAUGCUACCCUACCGACACCAAGCUUGGUAUAUAGUUUAUUCACAACCUAGUAACAACACAAACUUAUUUAAAUAUUUGAAAAAAUCACAGCAGCCUCGUGCUAUAUCACGAGGAAGUCAAAACGUAAUUCCCACUUUUUCACCGCAAAAAAAUUUUUUUAAAUUAACAAGGAAAGUGCCCGACCUACCCCGCUCUGAUUGAUGUCAAACUUUUUAUAUCGAAAGAUCAUGUAAAUAUAAGAUCUUCAGCAAAGUACUAAAUCGCGCUUUCCGGGAAAUCUCGAGAAAAUCGAGAAUAAAAAUUGAUAUUUUGAAUUUCCCGCCAACUUGGCAUUGUGUUUCAAGCUUGUAACCUUGUCAUUUUUUGACUUUUAAUAGUUUUUCUUUAAUAUACUAGUAGAAAACCUUUAAAUGAACCUACAUUUUUAAAUUUGUAAGCGUAUCUUGUCUGGAAAGCCGAAAAAAGUGCUUGAAACACAAUGCCAAAUUGGCGGGAAACUUAAAUAAUUUGAAUUUAAAACUUAAAAGCGCGAACUAAAAUUUUUUAUGGGUACUAUUGGUGGUACAAAGAAUUCGUAUAAAAAUUUUGAGCUGAUUCUGAGCGAAGCAGGUAGGGUACUUUCCUUGUAAACGAAAUGCCACCAACGAAUUGACACUUCAUUAUAUCAAAACGGUUUCCAGUACGUUACGAGUACAUAUACCAAGUUUGAUCCCGAUCCGUUUACUCUAGCCAAGUUAGAUGGGGGUCAAAACUUGCUGCUUUCAGUGUAAGACCAAGCGAAUUUAAAAAUGACCAGGGCCAGGCGGGGACUUUUGGUCUGGGGGCGGGGGUCGGAAAAAUCGGCACAGGUAGCUGUGCCUGUGCCGAUUUUUUGCGCAAAUUUUUUUUCCAAAAAUUCACAGAGGGGGACCACGUUCAAGAAAAAUUUUUUUUCUGGGGAGUUACCCCCCCCCCGUCUCCCCCCCCCCUCUCGCGCCCGGCACUGAAAAUGACACAUUUAUAAAUAUAAAUUUUUAGACUGGGAACGAUUAAUGGAAAAUUAUGGAUGGCUAGUUUACAGUAUCACCAGGCGAAGGUUUGUCUUUGACGAAUCAAAAUGCUUUACGCCAUCAUGGUAUUUGGUCAAUUCAAAUACUCUUUUUCAUACUUGGAGAAAUACGGUAAGUUUGAAAGCUUAUGUUAAAGAGUUGCGCUUUCAGUGUUAGGCAAAAACGUUGAUCAAGAAAAGCCAGAAGAGGGAGGGGCGCAGAGGUGUUUUUACUUACAGCCGUUGUCAAAAAACAGGCAACCUAUUUUUUUCAAGCAUAACUUUUUUUAAAAAGGUGUUAGAAACAAAAAAUUUUUUGUGAUUUUAGAUUGGACUAUUAUACAAAAAGCGCACUAACAAUAGUUGUUAAAUUCGUUAAUUUUGAAAAGUUACAGUAAUUCUACCGUACCCCUAUUUUUCAACUAUGUGUAUAAAUUUUUUUUUCAAAAAUUGGAGAUAUACGUUUUGUAGAGCAUAAAAAGUUGUACAUGUUAUGUAAGUUUCAUUACUUCAUCUUAUCUAGUCAACGAGCUACGAUUUGUUAAAAUUUGAAAAAAAGAUUGAAAAACAAGAAAAGUUCGAUUCCGCUUGAAAAAUGGCCGUUUUUUGAAUAUUUAAAAAAUCGUUACUCGGUUAGUAAAAGAGAUUAGGUAAUGAAACUUAUACAAUAUGUACAACUUUUUAUGCUUUGCAAAACGUAUAUCUCCGAUUUUUGAAAAAAAAUGAUACACAUAGUUGAAAAAUAGGGGGUACGGUAGAAUUACUGUAACUUUUCAAAAUUAACAAUUUUAAAAAUUAUUGUUGGUGCGCUUAUUGUAUGAUAGAUCAAUCUAAAACCACAAAAAAAUUUUUGUUUCUAACACCUUUUUAAAAAAUGUUAUGCUUGAAAAAAUAGGUUGCCUGUUUUUUUAACAACGGCUGUAUUUACUUUACUUCAACUUUCAAGUAUUUUCAGUGUUUGGCCUACAAUAAACAAACAGAUGACUGGGUCGAAGUGAAUAGAGGUCCACAGUUACAUGUAGACGAAUUUAUUGGAAAUUCAAGAAAGGUAAAGUACAUGUAGCUAGAUUUGUAGAUAAAGUGAGAGGGCAGGGUAGGGUAGGGUAGGGUAGGGUAGGGUAGGGUAGGGUAGGGUAGGGUAGGGUAGGGUAGGGUAGGGUAGGGUAGGGUGGGGUAGGGUAGGGUAGGGUAGGGUAGGGUAGGGUAGGGUAGGGUAGGAUAGGGCAGGGUAGGGGUGGGGUAGGGUAGGGUAGGGUAGGGUAGGGUAGGGUAGGGUAGGGUAGGGUAGGGUAGGGUGGGGGUAGGGUAGGGUAGGGUAGGGUAGGGUAGGGUAGGGUAGGGUAGGGUGGGGGUAGGGUAGGGUAGGGUAGGGUAGGGUAGGGUAGGGGUGGGGGUAGGGUAGGGUAGGGUAGGGUAGGGUAGGGUAGGGUGGGGGUAGGGUAGGGUAGGGGUAGGGUAGGGUAGGGUAGGGUAGGGGUAGGGUAGGGUGGGGGUAGGGUAGGGUAGGGUAGGGUAGGGUAGGGUAGGGUAGGGGUGGGGUAGGGGUAGGGUAGGGUAGGGUAAGGUAGGGUAGGGUAGGGUAGGGUAGGGUAAGGUAGGGUAGGGUAGGGUAGGGUAGGGUAGGGUAGGGUAGGGUAGGGUAGGGUAGGGUAGGGUAGGGUAGGGUAGGGUAGGGUAGGGUAGGGUAGGGUAGGGUAGGGUAGGGUAGGGUAGGGUAGGGUAGGGUAGGGUAGGGUAGGGUAGAAGUAAAUUAAGCCAAAAUACGGUAUGUUAAGGUAGGAAAUAAGUUCAGAUAGUGUAAAUAACUUUGUUUCCAAUUUAGGUAAAAUCCAUGUAA